AUGGAUCACUCUGCUAUUUCUUCAAUUUUACAAGAACUUAACUUAAAUGAACAAGAUGUAGCUAAUAUAUAUCAUCAUGGUUCAUGGGUAUAUGGUACUAACUUACCAACAUCUGAUCGAGAUCUUAUCAUUGUAACACAUACACAUCAAGAUCCACUUAAAUUUCAUUGUGAUCUCGAUUAUUUUCAUGCAUUUGAAUUAUAUAAACUAUGGAAUCAAUAUGAUAUUUGUGUAUAUUCAAAAGAAAAUUUCGAAAAAACACUUGAAAAAAAUUAUUUAUGUUCUAUUCAAUUUGCAUUUUAUGAAAAUUUUACAGCUAGAAGAAUGUAUAAUCUCGAAGAUGAUUCAAUCUAUCCACAACGUAGUUCAACAAUGGAUGAAACUAGUCAAUCAAGUCGAGAUUAUCUAUUCAAAAACUUAUUUCAUGGCUUUCGAUACUUAGAUUUUGCUGAACAAUUAAUUCAAACAAAAUCCAUACAUGAUUUUAAACGAGUAUCAUAUAUAUUAGAUGAAAUGAAAACAAUACGUGGUGAUCCAACAGAUGAUUCAAAUCGAGACAAUGUACUUGAUUUUAUUGCUAAGAAAAGUACUGAAUACAAAUCAAAAUUAGAUUUACUUGUACCAACAAAUGCUGUCAAAGGUACAUUUGAAGCUCAUGCUACAUUUGAUUGUACACAUAAUACUGAAGAAGUUAUUGAAAAACUUAAAAAAGUAUGUGAAAAUACCAAAUAUAAAAUUAUUUUUAUUGAUUUGGAAACUAAUCAAAAAAAUUAUAAACUACAACAAUUAAUGACAUCAUCAUAUCAUUGUGGUGAAUAUCCAUCGAUUGUUAAACAAAUUGAAGAAGAAGUCUAUAAAUAUUUUCAAGAUUUUAAUAUUAUACGUCUUAAAAUUGAAUCAUUAGCAUCAAAUGAAGGUGUACCUAAAACAGAUAUUGAGAAGAAAUUAUAUUGGGAUCAUGAAACAAAUUAUUUUGAAUUUCAUUAUAAAGUCUUGAUUCAAAAUGAUAAAAAAAAAGAAAAAUAUGAAAAACUUAAAAAUAUAUGUACAAAUCUUAGAGCAUAUAAUUUACAUUUAUCACGUAAUGCAUUUAAAGAAUUGGACAAUGAUGAUUAUCAUUAUAUGAUUACUAUGCGUUUAUUUGAUAAUGGUCAAGAAAGUGCAUUUAAAACAAAUGAUGUAGUCGUAAAUGAUUUAACAACAUAUAAGUUUCCACCAUUGAAAGUUGUCCGAGAAUUUAUUGUUUACGAUAAUCAUAUUGAUCUUGAUCAAGGUUGGAAUUAG